AUGGCCUUGCAGACAACAGCAGCCCUGCAGAAAGCUCAGGGCGUGUUCAGCAGUCAUGCAGCAGCAAAUGCAGUGCUUGGCGAGCUCGGAGAUGGACUGGAGGCCCCAGUGCAGCUGCUGUAUCUGAUCACCUUACUGGGCUUCGUGGUUGUUGGCGCUUACCUUGUAGUCCGCCAGGUUCUUGUACGACGAGAGCUUGAAGAGGCAGCAAAGGUGCUGGGAGAGAGGAUUCGCACCAACGAUGCCACUUGCGAGGAUUUCUUCGAGCUCGGAGUAAUUUUGCUGCGCAAGAAGCUGUACACACAGGCCACAAAGAACCUGGAGAAAGCCAGCCGGAUAUGGGACAGCGAGCCAGAGGAGUUGGCACAGGUGCACAACGCGCUUGGCUUUGCCUACUUCAACAUGCAGCGGACGGAGCUGGCGCUGAAGAACUAUAGGAAGGCAGUGGAGCUUCAGCCGGGCUAUGUCACCGCCUGGAACAACCUGGGAGACGCCUAUGAGAAGGCCAAGGACUUGGAUCAGGCUCUGAAGGCUUAUGAGGAGGCGCUGUCGUACUCCCCAGCAAACAAGGUGGCCAAGUCCAGGGUGGACUCUCUGCGCACAAAAGUGAGGAACCUGAAUGUGUCAUCGUGA